AUGAUUUCGUAUUUCUUAAUUUGCCUGGUGCUUGUACAACUUAGCAAAGCAUGUAUCCCAACUCAAAAUGUGGACCCUUAUCCUUGCAAAACAUGUGCAAAAGUGUACGACAGCACGUGCCAAGGUACUGGUAUUCCAAGUCCUUCAAAUUGGUGUGCUACUGCCUCUGACGUAGGCGUAAGCUAUACAUUAGGCCCAAUUGACCCCGAGUACUGGGUUUAUAACACUGAGGAUGACACUUGCUGGACAAUUCUCUCAUGUCCAUCUGGAACAUCAGCAAGAUACUUGUUAACCGGUGGUAUCACGUCUGAAGGGAAUUAUGGUGGAAUGGAGACGGUUUCGUUCUGCAAAGAAUCUGGAGUUGGCGCAGGAGAGUGGGCAGUGUGGUUAGGAGAACAUAUACCUCUGGAUAGUAUGAGAUGUCAGAAUGUUUGA